CCCAGGCAAUGAUUAGAUAUCAAGCGGUCAGUCAAGACGCCGAGAUCAAAAUCCCGCCAUAAACCAAAAUCGAAUCGACAGAUCGUCGCGCACAUCCACACACACCUCAGCACAUGGACACACAGCCGGGGGAAAAAGCUCCCUGUCUGCUGCGCUGCUCUUCACUCGAUGCUUACCCUCUCCUCUCAUCCGGUUUGACAUAAGAGCCGUCGUCAUGGUAACACGCUAUCAUCUCCUGCUUCUCUAUCACGCCACGCUGAGGGUUCAACUGCACCCACACACGCCACACAUGAUGCCAUGCGAUGCGCACACCCCUUCAUUAUACACACACACAGAUGUCUUCCUCCGAAUAGAAUACGCACCCGUGAGCACACAUAGACGUUGGCCACGAUGCGCAGCAAAAGGGUGACGGUGGCUGGGCCGGUCUCCAUCGGAGGGGGCGUGAUGCAGGGGGUCGGGGUGGGUGUGGGGGAGCUCUCGCUGUCACGCGAGGCGUCAUGUGUCGGUUGCUGGGCGGCCUUCAUCCGCUGCUCGAGAGUGUCGAUCAGGUCAAUGGUGUCCGUCAGGCCCUCCUCAUCUCGCAGCACCUGGCGCAGUGAGUCCACGGCAGCCCCGUCGCACAUAUUCACCACGCCGCCAGUCUCCAUUCUCAGUCUUGACGGCUCUCUGAGAGUGACGGGUGCCUCCAGCAAGACACUGACCUGCUCCCUCUCGUACAUCUUCGGCACACCUGCAUCCAUCACAGCACAUGGGGGAGGGGCACCACACACAGUCUGCAAGGAAGGGCAUCAACGUGAUUGGGGUUGGUGUGAGUGAGUGUGUCACCCUCAAAGUGGUCCUGACACAUCAACCACAUCAAUCACACCGACCAAUCGCCAGGUAGCACAUCAGAGAUCGAAGCAUGACACCCCCCCCUCUCUCCGACUGUCUGCCCAUGCACUUACCAGGAAUGCCAUGGCGGCAUCGUCACACAGGUACACCUCGCCAUGGACGUGGUGCCCCUCCUCUUUCUCCGUCGGCAUGAACAGGUAGGGAAUGCCGUACCGCUCGUCCAGCGACAGCCGCUGCUUGAGUGCCGUCCGCCCCGUGCCGAUGAACGUGGCCUUGAUGUCAUCCAUCACUCGGUGGUUGGGCUCCUUUCUCUUCAGCGUCCCGAACACAAACACCACAUGCUGGCGCUGCACCAUGGAUGGAUGGUGCUCGCUUCGCUGGUCGAGUCCUCUGUUGUUUGAUUGGUGCCAGUGAACAGCAGACGUCAGAUCUGCAAGAGGAGAAAGGUCUUAAGCAAUGAAAGGCACAGCAAAAAG